AGUGGGGGCGGAAGAUCGGCUUCCCUAAGCACCCUCGUGUUUGACAGCGCCCGCCGUGCGCCCCGGCCGUGGCGGGUGCUGCAGUUUGGGGCCAGUCAGAGCUGCUUCUGGGCAGCAGGGGGACCACCUCCCCAGGAGAGCGCAGCCCGAGCCGCCCCUCCUGGAGCGCCCAGCCCAUCGCCUGGGCGCCAGGGCGGGAAACGGCCUCCGUCACGGAGGCUGGAGAGCCUGCGUGCUCUGGCCCCCUGAGCACCUGAGCGCGCCAUCGCUGUGAGAAACACGCGUGGAGCACGUGCCGGGCAUCUCCCAGAUCCUCCGGAGACAGCAGUGCAAAGCCGCAUAGUUCUGCUCCGGACGUGGCACUAGCCCACUAGUCGUGGAAUAUAAGGCAGGGGUGGUGACAGGUGUUCGUUGUAGCCACGUUUUACUGUGUGUUUGAACAUUUUAUCGACAAUGAAAAAUUGGAAGGAACAAAAUCUUUGUCUUCAAAGAAACAGGCCAUAAAUAACGCUUGUGCGCGCGCGUGUGUGCGUGCGCGUGGAUUUUGGCGCCAAGGGCGGAAAGAGAACAUGAAACAGGAGUGAGGGUUGGCAAGCAGGUAUGGAAAUUCCGAUUGUCCAUCAGGCCGUUCCAGGAACUCCGCACGGAGAAGCGGACAUCCGGAAGGCAGGACGGUGGUCCGGGCUGCUCCCUGGAGGAAGAGGCGUCCUGGCACUGGCCCCGCUUCCUGGAACAGCAAGGAAGCCAGGCAGAGCGGGCACCUUGUGGCCCUGCAGAAGCAGCCAACAUGCCACUCUCCAAGUGUCCGAAGAAGUCAGAGACCCCGUGGAAGGAGUGGGACCGGAAGGCCCAGAAGAACGGACUGAGGCACCAGGUGUUCGCGGUGAACGGAGACCACUAUGUGGGCGAGUGGAAGGACAACAUGAAACAUGGGAAAGGAACCCAGUUCUGGAAGAAGAAAGGAGCCAUCUAUGAGGGGGACUGGAAGUACGGGAAGCGAGAUGGCUACGGCACCCUCAGCCUUCCUGACCAAGAGGCAGGAAAGUACCAGAGAGUCUACUCGGGCUGGUGGAAGAACAACAAGAAAUCGGGCUAUGGAAUCCAGUUUUACGGACCCAAGGAGUAUUACGAGGGUGAGUGGUGUGGCGACCAGCGCAGUGGGUGGGGCCGCAUGUACUACAGCAAUGGCGACAUCUACGAGGGCCAGUGGUGGAACGACCAGCACGAAGGAGAGGGAAUGCUGCGGUUAAAGAACGGGAACCGCUACGAGGGCUACUGGCAGAGAGGCAUGAAGAACGGACAUGGGCGUUUCUUCCACCUGGACCACGGUCAGCUGUUUGAAGGCUUCUGGGUAGAUGACGUGGCCAAAUGCGGCACCAUGAUCGACUUCGGCCGUGAUGAGGCCCCACAGCCCACCCAGUUCCCCAUUCCUGAGAUCAAAGUUCUAGACCCCGACGGUGUGCUGGAGGAAGCCUUGGCCAUGUUCAAGAAGACAGAGGAAGAGGAAGGAGAGUGAUGCCAGAGAACGCCAAGGCUUCAGGACAAGCAAGCCUGUGUCACCCAGCUGCUCAGACCGGUGAGGCUCCUGCUGGAGGAGCGAGCAGCAACUUUGGGCACGCCCUUGGCACCCUCAGAGGGCACCUUGCUCCUCCAGCACUGGGCCGUGCUUGGCCACUAAGAGGCCACUGAGUCUCCCCCAGGCUGGCCUUGGGGACCCUCUCGUGAUGACCUUUGUGCUGUGACCUCAACCCACAGCACAUGAGAAUAAAGAAGAACCCGGUGGCUUA